AUAACAAUGAAGAACAUUUCCUAGGCUCUACGAAUUAGCAUUAGGUGAGAAUGGUGAAAAUUUACCAAACUUUAACUUAAAAACACGAGGACAAUGCAAUGACAGUUAAUAAAAUACAAAACUGGACCAGAGGCUUCUAACACAUGAGAUAACACACUCCGUACAAUAGGUGUCGGUAUGCACAUUAAAAGCUGGUUGCCAACGAUAAAGAAGAAGACGACGGUUGAAGCUGGCCUACACAGCACAAGAUGGCGCUGUUAGCUUUGGCUGUUAACUGCUACGGUCAUAUCUUGUUGCUUCACGUUGACUGUAAACUGCUGCUCCGCUUGAUUUGAGCAAGUUUUUCGAUGGUUCACAUUCAUUUUGUAAUUUAAAUAACUGUGUAACCCGGCUUUUUUUAUGUGUCGCGGUCAAAAGGCCUGUUGAACUAAUGGAACUAACGUUAUCUUUGGACGUUAGCCAGCAACGGCUAACGUUAGUUUUAAGCCAGUUUACUAUAUUAUUAACUUAACUUGCUGUGUAGUCGAUCAGGAUAGAUAAGACACUAAACAAGAAUAAGAGCUUACUUUAAUGAACACUAUGAUUAAGUGUUUGCCUAAAGAGGUUCAGGGGAAACUUCGCUCCGGUGUCGCUAUCCCCUCACUUCAGCAGUGCGUAGAGGAGCUUAUUCUAAACAGCAUCGAUGCCGAGGCGACCUGUGUGGGAGUCAGGAUGGACAUGGAGGCGUUCAAAGUUCAGGUAAUCGACAACGGGACUGGGUUGACUGCUGAAGAUAUGGAGUGUGUGGGAAACAGAUACUACACAAGCAAAUGCAGCACAGUUGAAGACCUGGACAACCUCAGUUCGUAUGGUUUCCGGGGAGAAGCCCUGGCGAGUAUAGUUUGUCUAGCCACACUUGUUGAAAUCUCAUCCCGGACCAGAUCAUCAGUGAAAACUCACGUCAAAAUAUUCAAUGAUGGCAGGGGCAUGGAUGUGUUUGAAGCAGAGACUACUCGUCCCUCUGCAGGAACAACUGUUGUCAUUUGCAACUUCUUCCACAACAUGCCAGUCCGGAGGAAGAGGAUGGAUGCUGUCCUGGAGGCUGAGAGAAUCAGACACAGAGUGGAGGCUAUUUCUCUGAUGCAUCCCUCUGUGUCUUUCACCCUGAAGAAUGACUGCACAGGAGCCAUGACAGUGCAGCUUUCUAAAGCUAGAAACACCUACCACAGGUUUGUUCAGAUACACAGCCUCGGGCGAGCGCAGAAACUUGGAGAAAUCAGCUACACGCACAGACAGUUUGAAGUGGUCGGUUACAUUGGCAGAGAAGGCCACUACAGCAACAGCUUACAGUUCCUUUACGUCAAUGAUAGACUGCUCCUGAAAACACGCAUACACAAGCUGCUGAACUUUCUCCUACGCAGAAUCAGCAGUUCAAAUAAGAAAAAUGACAGUCCAGAGUGGCAGUCAGCCGUCAGGAGUCCAAAGCACAAACGAAGCCAAGAGCUGCACGGAGUAUACAUCAUCAACAUCAAAUGCUCUUACUCAGAAUAUGACAUAUGUCUUGAGCCUGCCAAAACUCUAAUAGAGUUCAAAGAUUGGGAUGGCAUUUUGCUCUGUAUAGAAGAGGCAGUGAAAGCUUUCCUGAGCAGGGAGAACUUGGUGGCUGUACUUUCUCAAGAUGACUUGGACUAUGUAUCUCCUAGAUUGUUUGGCACUCACAAUACAGACCAAGAAGGGCACAACGGUGGUACUGAUGGCCAAGCACCAUGCAGUGCCUCCACACAAGACUGCAGUGUUGGCAUGAAACUGGCAUCUGCCUCAGUUCAUCGUAAGCGCAAAGAGGAUUGUGUAUGUGAGGAAAGCGUUUGCCCGGAGUCUGGUCCGAUGGAGUGCGAAAAAGGGACCGAACUGAGGCAGGAAAAGAUAACCGCAAAUGAGUUGGAAAAGAUAAAAGGUGAAGGAAGUGUAAGCAAAGACUGUAGAGAUGAGUCACUGUGUGAUCUGGCUGGACUGGAACCUGUAUCUCAUAACAUUACUGAAGAAGAGGAGCCCACGUUCAGUGAAGCUGAUGAAGGCUCUCAAAUUUUCUGCAUGUCAAGUUCAGUGAGACAACUAGAAAGUGAAGAACUGGAGCUUCCAAAAGAAAGAGAGAUACGAUUAAACAAAACUUCCUCAACCAGCAAUGUAACUUCACUAGAUAACAUCACUCAACAUAUUCAGCCUGAUUUAAACAGUAUUGCAGAGCAAAUAAUACAUGAUGGCCAGGGUACAGGGGGACAUGGACAGACUUUAGUAAGUAACAGAAAGAUUAGUCUGUCCAAUCCAUACAUUCAUGAAAGUCUGCAUCCACAGAACCGUUCCCAAAUCAACAAGUCAGCAUUUCAGCAUCACGUUUUAGCACAGAAAUGUAAAGAGAGAUGCUUUGCCAAAAAAUGCAAAAUCUCACUGGAUGCAGAUGAUGACAGGUCUUGUCAGAAGCUAUACAAAGACGUUGCUCCUGUUAUUCCUUCAAGGAUUCCCAGACUUGUAACUUGUCAAAAGUUGUUUUUAUGCAAGGAGUUUGGAUCUCUUGAGAAGUUUAGAAAAGUAUAUGGUAAAUCUGAUGAACCGAAACUACCCUCUCGAGAGACUAAGCAAGACAAUGACGCUAGACUUGCUCAGACAGACAGCUUUGUUUUAAAUUCCCAGAAUUUGUUGUUUUGCCGAAAAGAUCAGCAAGAUGGUGAUUUUACAGAAACACAAAAAGAAGAGACAAGAAGCAGCCUCCGAAGCUCACCAACCCUCUCAGUUUUCACCAAAUUAAAACCAGUCUCAGUGCAGAAUAGAGGAAAAACAUCUUUGGCGGCUAAACUCUGCCAUUUAAAACAACACAGGACAGAUGAUUCAAAACUAUUACCCCAUCUGCCAUGGACUACCUCACAGGACAAUACAGCUCUCAGGAGUGCUAAUGACAGCAUCAAAGACAGCAAUAACAAUGAGAAUCAUUGUGACACUGCGCUGAAUCCAGAGCCAGUCCCAGGUCGCCGUACAAAUCCUCAGCAGGUGGACAGGGAAGAGGCUACAACAUCAGGUGACUGGCUUCAUCACUAUGAUACAUCUGUGGGAAAGACAGUUUACGUCAACAAAGUGACUGGGCUGAGCCGAUAUGAGGACCCACCUGCUGAAGAAACACAAGUGCGAUGUACAUCUGACCUUACCAAUAUGGCCGUUAGCGUCAUCUCUGAAGUGGGGAUGGAAUACAGAUGUUACCCAUUUCAGGUGGAUCUAGUGUUGCCCUUCCUACCUAAAUCCAGGACAGAAAGAGUGAUUAGCUCAGGGCUUGAUGACAGAGAUGACAACGGUGAGAGCUCCAACUCACUCACCUCAUUGUACUCAAAGUGGAAUAACCCUGUGUUCGUCCGACCUCCGAUGGUUGGUGUGGACAUAUCAAGUGGGCAUGCUGACGGACUGGCUGUCAAGAUCCACAACAUCCUGUUUCCAUACCGUUUUUCUAAGGCCAUGAUUCACUCAAUGAAGGUUAUUCAUCAAGUGGACAAGAAGUUUCUUGCAUGUCUUAUCAAUACAAGAGAUGAAGAGCCUGCAGCACUCACUGAAACUGAAGGAAACCUCCUGGUGUUGGUGGAUCAACACGCUGCACACGAGAGAGUUCGACUUGAAAAUCUUGUUGCAGAUUCCUAUGAGGAUGAUCCAGAUGCACCAGGCGAGAGACGUCUGUGUUCAUCAAACAUUUUGCCACCUCUUGGGAUCAGUGUAACAGAAGAGGAGCUAAGGCUCCUUAGGUCUUGUCAGCCACGUUUGCGAAAUUUGGGCCUGGAAGUGAAGUUCUCGCAGGCAGCGGAGCCACAUGUUUUUGUAGGGAAGGUACCACUGUGCUUCAUGGAAAAGGAGAAUAAUGAGCUCAGGCGGGGGAGACCAUCCGUUAUCAAGCCUAUCGUUGAGGAGUAUCUCCGAGAGCAGAUUGAGUUACUAUGCUCAACUGGUAGAGUGAAAGGAACUCUCCCUCUCACUGUGCUGAAGGUGCUAGCCUCCCUAGCAUGCCACGGCGCCAUCAAAUUCAAUGACAGUCUGAGUAGAGAUGAAUGCUACAGCUUGGCGGCAUCCUUGGCUUCCUGCCAGCUACCCUUCCAGUGUGCCCAUGGCCGUCCAUCCAUUGCUCCUUUAGUAGACAUCCUCCAUUUGGACAAAGACCAGAAGGAAUUACAGAAACCCAACCUUCAGAAGCUGAGAAGAAUGUAUAAAGCGUGGGAACUAUAUGGCAAUAGAUAGGCGGCCUGACGCCUGACAUGGAUUCAGUCUCUCCCACCUGCCGGACUGAGUCUCCUGUCGGGACGCUGUGCCAGAAGACGCCAGAAGAGGCGAGCUCUCCGGCUUCCUCCUCAGAGAGC